UAUCAAAAAAAUAAAAAUCUCUUUUUAUUAAUCUUAUAUAUCCUUCGUCUCUCACUUCCAAGUUCCAUCACCUAAAAUAAGGGGCAAAUAGUCAUUAAAAUAACCCACCAGGUCACCACAGUUCCAAAAUGGUCAAUCAAUCUCAUAAAAAGCCACACAUUCCACUCAUUCCCGCAAGCUUUCGCACCCUUAAAAAGUGCCAAAGUGAAGUUCAAGCACACGAUCCCAUGAUGGCAGAGGCAACCACCAUCAUGGCUGCACUCUCAACUCUGUCUCCUCCCCAACUCUCAGAUCUCACCCUCUCAAUAUUCUCAGAUAUCAACCGCCACCACUACCGCCUCCUUUCUCUCCUUUCCUCCCCCGCCCUUUUCUCCCUCACCCUCCACCACCUCCACUCCCUCUCCCUCCAGCACAAAGCUCUCCUCAUUGCUCGCCACCUCCUCUCCUCUCUCCGCCGCCUCACGCUUCACCUUCACCCCAAACCACCCCCGCCACCUCCACUUCCCUCCAUCACCAUCAAACAACGAGACCUCGACGCCGUGCUGCUGCUCCUCUUGCUCUGCGAGAUCCGCCAACACAACCCAGAAGCCCUCGAAACAUCUCCCACCAAAUGGCGCGCAGCUGCGAGCAAGCUCUGGUCUGGUGCCAUGUUGACGCUCUCCGGCAUUGGGUUUUACAACGGGUCGGUCUUGAUUCCGUACGUCGAAAUGGUGACGAGGUGCUGGAAGUUCGUGGGUGAAAUGGGUCAUUGUGGUGGCGAUGGUGAUGGGAAAGUAGCAGCGUCACCGGCGGCGGUUGUAGCGCUUCCAUCGGUGGGGGUGAGAGGCCGUGGGGUGGAGUGCGUGAUAUGUAAGGAGGAGAUGAGAGAAGGGAGGGACGUGUGCGAGUUGCCAUGCGAGCACUUGUUUCAUUGGAUGUGCAUUUUGCCUUGGCUGAGGAAGAGCAACACGUGCCCCUGCUGCAGGUUCCCUCUUCCCACUGAUGAUGUCUUUGGGGAGAUCCAACGAUUGUGGGAGCUCCUGGUCAAGAUUGGCAGUAGGAGAUCCGUUGGAGAGUGUACAUGACAAGUGUGAUGAAUGAUCACCACAGAGAGAUGGAGGGGGGGACUCACAAUGAAUGAUUACGAUGAUUUGGAUUGUUAACAAAAAUCAUUUUGUAUAUUGAAAAGGACACCUGUGGUUAAGGUGAGAGAGACUGAGAGAGGCAUCUGUUGUUGAUUUGGAGCUAAAUAAAUGAAGGGAUAAACAGAUAUUUUAUAGGUUUAUAGCAGCUAGGGGUUUGGGUUUGUGACAGAAUUCGUUGUAGACCGUAUCUAUGUAUAAUAUAGAUACAGAAAAACUUCGCUUGCA